CACGCUAGCUUCACCUAGUCCGAAUUCGUUGUUUGGGAUAUACAUAACUGUAAUUUUUAACUUUUCUCUUCGGUAAUGAGCGGUAGUAGCAGACCUAGUAUAUUAGUAAUAAAUAAUAAGUAGGCUAUGAUAGGAUUCAAUGACAGAUAUUGUCUAGUGAAUAAAGUGUUACUAAAAGCAACAAGAAGAUGCAGACUGAUCAUUCCAAGGAAUAUCUCGAGUAGAAUUUUGACUGAUACAAGGCUGCCAGAAAAAUUGUAUUAGAGACCACGGAGCUCAGAUUUUGUUGACAGAGACAUUCCAGUACUUCAAAAAAAAAUAUAUUCUUGGGAAAAUAGAAAAGAACUUCUUGCUGUAUUGCAGGUAUUAUAACGUGCGAUAUCAUUCCUCUAUUUCUACCUAUGGCCAAUUAUUCGUAGCAUCGAUCGGAGAGACAGGCCGAAUAAAAGAAACAAAUACACUGAGGCUAUGGUCAACUUUAAAAACAUGCCACGAAUGUAUCAAAUGUAUCAGAACCACCUCCGUUGAGAUCAAGGAUUACUGCAGCAGCAAUCAGACCUUUCUCGUAUGCUACAAUGAUCUGAUUGAGUAUUAAGUGAAACUAACGACUUGAAGACUGGGCUGCUGAUAGAGGUAUGGAACAAAGGUAUGAUUUGGGAUAGAGCACUUGGAUAUCAUUGGAUACCACUCCACACCGUGCACUAUUCAAAUGAGGAGGGUUGCGGUCAGUGGCGAUCAUUGGAAGCUGAACUGGUGAUGAGAGAUGGUGAAGUUGUGGGGACAAAAACUCCUACGGGACAUUCACUACUUGUCGACUGCCGCUUUGAACUUCCAUUCGAUCCAGAGAAUAUCGAAGCGCUGGACCUCCAAAGAAAACUGGAAAUGCUCAACAACAUCAUGGAUCAGGAAGCGAGAGCUGAACAGGCUCGAAGGCAGAUGCACUAUCUGGGUCACUCGGGUCACUCGGAGGACAGCGACUACACCUCCGACCUCAACUACCCCGUGGGAGGGCAGCACGCCAACUCCUCAGCCUCCCAAUUUAGGGCGGCCGCAGGGACGAUAGGAGGGCAUCCAGGAGGCCCAUUCGAUCGUACGCCUGACAGAAGUUUGGAAACCUCCAGGGAGAAUUCGUAUGACGAUGGACAACAUACCAUGUCGGUCAGCAGGAGCGGGAGGGUGUCCCAAGGGCUCAGCCCUGAUGUCAAGAGGAAACAAUUGCCGAGGUAUUUGAACAGCAUCGAUGAUUACAGUAGCUAUGACACGAGAAAUGAAACGCAACGGUAUCAAGAUGACAGUAUGGAUUCUGAGCCUUUGUUUUACAACAGUCGACCUUACAAGAAGAAUAGCUAUACUAGGAACGACACAUGGAUGAGCUGUGAAAGUUCUUUUCACCCUAGUAUCGAUAGUGUAGAUAUUGGAUACUCUGUAGAUGUAGUAUACGGUCAUCAGGUGCCAUCGCGUAGUAAAGCCUUACGUAGACCUAGUUUAGAACGACAAAGCACAUUGUACGAUGACCCCACGUAUUACGGAGACACCAAUUACUAUCCCACCAUAGAAAUCAGUAAGGCGAAUUGUGCAGAAAGCCAAGCAUACCGCAACAGCUUCGACUGCGAGUACUACGACACCCUUCCGUACCAAGAAGAACGCUAUGGCCAAGAAGAGGAGGACCGUCAAUGGGACUCGGGAGGGAGGCGGUACCAGCCGCAGCCGCCCGCGCCAGUCUCUGCCGCUACUCAACACCGCCUCCAAAAGCGGUUGCCCGCCAUUCCAGCUUUAGCGAUUGCCCAACGCAGGUCGGCCACGGCCACGCCCACGGGCAGGCGGCAGAUGCCGCAGGUGCCACCCGCCAGGGGGCUGCACAGCAGACAAGGGUCCAUAGGGGACUCGGAUUUAAUGAGUGUAUACAAUAUGACCCCAGAGCCUAGCGUCGGACGUCGAGGAGCAAGUCUACCGCCUACUCCCACCAAAAACUCAAAGUUGAGGUUGACCAAUCACAAUGUGCCUUCUCCGAAAGGAAGGCAACUUCCUGCGGUUAACCUCGAUGCUAGAAGUGCUAGACUUAAAAGAAGUAGUUUAUUGAAAAGAACAAGUUCAGCAGAUUACGCGGACAAUACUGACGAAUUCGAUAAUAGCUAUUUCGUGAGGGCGGGAGCAGUAAGUGCUAGAGAAGAAUAUUAUAAUGAAGACUACAAUUAUGCAUAUCAAAGUAUAGAUGACCUAUCACAGGAAGAAAUUCAGCUACAGCAACCCCAGCCGCAGCAGCCACAAUAUCACGUUCUUCCGACACCUCCAGUAUCAAACGUAGCCGUAGGUGAUACUAGGAACAUCAGCAAUGCAAAUUAUCUCUACACGAACACUGAUCAGUCGUCAGGGGUACAGCAGCAGCAACAGACUGAUUAUAUGAGUUAUGGACAGAAUGAGGACUAUAGCCAGCAAGGGUACUACAAUGCAGAGCCUAGGAGGAAAAAACUUAUGGGUAAACGAGACCUAAGCCCCUUCCAACAACAGAACACAGACAGCCUCGAGUCCAGAGACGAUGAACUAAAAGACUCAUUCGAAACCGCAGUGUCGUCAGUGAGCAGUUCCUUCCAGCAGCUCAAGUCUUCGCUGUACUCUGAGUACUCAACUGCUGGUGAGCCUACGUUCACGAAUACGACCAUGGCUCAGAAUAAUGUCGACACCACCUCUACUUUGAUUAGAAAUCAGAGUGACGUUAACCAGAGAAACCAAUUCAACGCCUCGAUGUAUCAAGGGGACCAUACUAGUUAUACGGAUAAAACGAACGCAAUACAUGGCAGUACGCUCCCUAGCGUUACUGUGGCUCAAGUCCACAAUCAGACUAACAUGCGACUGGCGCAGCAAAACAGGGUAGGGCUAGUCAAGCAGCAAGAAACCAUCGACGGCGAUACUUCGUUCUUUGGAGGUCACGGUCAGAAAAUGGCGUACACUGAUGAGUACGAAGGGUAUGAUGGUAUGCAAGAACCGUACCUCGAGUCGCAGGACUCCGUUGAAAGCUAUGUGGAGGAGGUUGAGGAUGAUGCUGAAGGUACCAUCACUAAUGGUGUCUCCACCUCCGAUUACACGACCAAAACGGCAAUCCACCGAGACUCACCAGUCUGUUCGGAUUUGUAUGAUGAUGAUACCAGUUUACGUAGAGGCAGCUCACAAAUCACAGUAGUUGACCCCUACCAUCCCGCACUGCAAAACAGGCAACCCUCAAUACCGACCACAAGUGCCACCACUGUCGGAUCACGAAGGUCUUCCGGCGUAGACUACUACAAUGACAAAGUUGGCCGUCGAACGUCUUCCGACACCUACGGCACCGCCUACGACCAACAGCAGCAGCAACACGCCGACGCCUACCCCAUCACUGUGCCCACGCGAAAAUUGUCAGCCGCGUCGCGAGUGUCAUCCCCUCCCUCCGUCGUGGGCGGGGCCGUUCCCCCUCCAUUGUCCUCCGACAUUCGCGAUCAGUACGUUGACGAGUACGCGGAGGACGUCGAGUACCACGACGCGCGCGAUGAGUACCACGAUGUGAGGGCGGAGCUUGAGCACCAGGAGCAGGAGCAUGAAGUGCCGAGCGUCACCGUUGACGAGAUAGCUGAAGAUGCUCCUCAAGAACAGCAGAAAACAGAACCGGUGCAUGAUGAAAGGCAGCCGAAAAUAACUGCUCAGCAAAGGUGGCUUUGGGCAUACAACAAGAUCAUCAUGCAGCUCGAU